AUGUCUGUCAGUUUUUCCACUCUGAUUCAGCGGUCCCGCCCCUCUUCAAACCAUGCAACCACUAAACUUCUCAGCAAUGUCCUUGCAAAGAUUCCCCCAACGACACUCAGCACAGUUGGUAGCGGCGUGCGAGUGGCAUGCGAGGAGAAUCCCAUCGCGUCUCUCGCUACUGUUGGUGUAUGGUUGGAUGCGGGAACUCGUCAUGAACCUGCGCAAUACGCCGGCACUGCGCGAGUCUUGCAAAAGUGUGGGUUUCUUGGUACUUCCAACCAAACCGCAGCACAAAUCGCCGCAGCGGUGGACGAACUCGGUGGGCAGCUAACAGCAAACGUUGGCCGCGAGCACACACAUUUGUAUAUGCGUGUCGCCCGCGAAGAUACGGAGCGUGCUGUGUCUCUCCUGGCGGAUGUGGUACGCAAUGCCCGUUUGAGCGAUGAGGAUGUGGAGGUGGCGAAACAGGCGGUGCUACGCGAUCAACAUGACUUUGAACAGCGGCCAGAUGACAUUUGCAUGGAUAAUCUUCACCGUUGUGCCUUCGACAGCACAACACAUGGGCCUGGUACACCGCUGUACGGCACAGAGGUCGGGACGACGCGUCUCAGCAAUGCGCAGCUAAGAGAGUACCGUGACAAGAUGCUUAGCGCCGGCCGCGUGGUGGUCGUGGGGAGCGGAGCUGUGAACCAUACCGCUUUGGAACGGGCUGCGACCAGCGCGUUCGGGGACCUGCAGAAGGGAACUGUAACACUCGCCGGAGUUCCCGAAGCCCGGUUUGUGGGAGGAGAGUACAAACUGUGGAACUUGCGUUACAAGACUGUCCACAUUGGAUGGGCUUUUGAAACCUGUGGCGCAGCAUGCGAGGACUCCCUUCCGCUUGCACUCGCCUGUGAAGUUCCCGGUCCGUUCCACCGUUCCCAACAUGAACUUGGACAGCAUGCCAUGCAUCGUGUCCUAAAAACUUUCUCUUCGCUGGAUCACAGCACUCCUACCAACACCCACUUCAACGAGAAGUGUAUUGAAAUUGCGAACCCUUUUCUGCACCAGUACAAAGACACGGGGUUAUGCGGAAUGUAUGUUGUGGGGCGGCCGGCUCAGGCGGGUCCUGGAGACGGCACGGCAAUGAUUGAAGUGUUUCAAUACACCAUCGCGGAAUGGUGCCGCAUCUGCCAGAAGAUACUCCAUGAACAGGAACUUGCUCAGGCCAAGGUGAACCUCAAGUCCCAACUGCUCUUCAACAUGGACGGCAGCUCAAACUCUGCGGAGGAUAUUGGUCGGCAGGUACUUCACUAUGGGCGCCGCAUUCCGCUGGAGGAAAUGUACGCUCGUAUCGAUGAUGUGACACCAACAAAUGUACAGGAGGUGCUUCAGCACUACUUCUACGGGCGGAAACCGGUGUACAGUUAUCUUGGUUACUGUGCUAACAUUCCAGGUUAUGACUGGACACAACACUGGUCCUACAAGUACUGGUAUUAA